AUGCAGAGUCCCUCAGCAAGCCUGACCGGGUCUGCCUACGGAAGCACUCCUGUGUUCACAAAGGGUCUACAAAACAUAAGAGCUACGAAGGGUCAGUUAGUGGUGUUCGAAUGUCGCAUUCGUGCUACACCCACCUUACAGGUUCACUGGUACAGAGAAUAUGACCAGAUCAUAGACUCUGCUGAUUUCCGAAUCCUGAGGAAAAAGGCUUGUUCAUCAGCACUUCCUGAGGAAGUCUGCACCCUGGUUAUUACAGAAGCUUUUCCAGAAGACUCUGGGAUAUUUAAAUGUGUGGCUGAAAAUGAAUUUGGAUCUGCAGCAUCCAGUGCGCAUCUCUCUGUGUCCCCAGGAGCAAAAGAGCUGGAAAGCUUUGCGGGUGCUGCCCACAGGCCUGCUGUGCAAGUCACCAUGAAGAAAUCCACCUUCCCUAGGAACAGCCAGGCAGGAGCCAAGGAGCGAGACCCGGCUGGGCUGUCCUACAGCACAGAGCCCCUGGGCAUGGGCAGUCGAGGAGAAGCCACAAACUUCAGGCAGAUGAAUUCCAAGAGUGAAGCUGAUGAUUUUCAUGGAGCUUAUGAGGAUUCACCUCAGGCUUCACCUCUGCGGGAAAAUCCACACCAAGAAAGCCUCUAUUCUGCAAGGCAAGGGUUCCAUUCUAUCCAGGAGCCCAGCCAAGACAGCUUUCGUGGCCUACCACCUAGCUUUUACCAGGCACCCAUCCAAAGCCAGUUAUCACCAACAAAAACCCAAGACAGCCGCGAAACCUCUCCUAUGAGUGUCCCUAAUUUCCCAACCGUUUCUUCUAUGUGUCAACCAACCAUGUUUAACUACGAGCGUCCAAAACACUUUAUCCAGUCUAAGAAUGUGUGCCAAGGGCAAGAGCAGCCCCCGGGACCCGCAGCCUCUACAGAGUCAAGCAGACAACUCAAACAAUCCUCCAUCCUAAUACAGCCUCGUAACCCCAGCGGGCAGAAAUUCUCCUCCUCGUCAUCGCUGAGCUCUUCAAUCACGCUCUCCUCGCCUUCCUGUAGUGCCCCUAAGGAAUCCACAUAUCCCGUCACUCCUGCAUCUGCGCAGUCUCCUGCUAGCUCCUCAUCCGAGCAUCGGCUUAUAUCCAUGCCUAACCAACCCCCCGCAGCAUUCCUGUGCUCAGUGCUACCCUCGCAGCCCGACUAUAACAGCCAAACUCCUCCUAUGGAACCUCACUACUCACAAGCAAUGUAUAACAAACAAGCUAGCAUCAGCUCUACGCAGAAGACAUCAGACUAUGAAAUUCGAGGAACAAAAGAGGCCCUCAUUCAGGACUUGGAAAAGAAACUCCGAUGCAAAGACAACCUUCUCCAGAAUGGCAACCAGCGAUUAACUUAUGAAGAAAGAAUGGCUCGCAGGCUGCUCGGACCAGUAAAUGCUGCAUCCGUGUUGGAAACACAAAGUGAAGACAGCAUGCAGAAUGCACAGAAUGCAGAAAACAUCAGGCUGCAGGUUCCUACAACACACGUAAGGAGCAGACCAUCCUCAAGAGGAGAUGAACGUGGACACGACUCAAUCCAGGAGAAGUUUUUCCAGCCACGUUUUACACAAGUGCCUGAAGAUGUAAUUAUUGAGGAGGGGCGAUUCUGCAGGCUCGACUUCAAAGUUAGCGGGCUGCCAACUCCAGAUGUGAUGUGGUAUCAGAAUGGAAGGAUGGUUCAUCAAGAUCAGUUCCAUAAAAUGAUAGUGUCAGAAAAGGGAUUCCACUCAUUCAUUUUUGAGGCAGUCAAAUCAGCUGAUGCAGGGACAUACGAAUGUGUGGCUGUCAACCGUGCAGGAGAAGCAUCUUUCGCAGUAAAAGUGGAAGUCAUUGCCAAAGAACAUCACACGCCACCAACUUUCAUCUUCAAGCCACAAAGCAAAAAGGUUUUUGAAGGAGAUACUGCCAGACUCGAAUGCCAGAUCUCUGCUAUCCCAACACCCAGGAUUUACUGGAAAAGAAACAACGAAAUGGUACAAUAUAAUACAGACCGAAUAAGCUUGUUACAUGACAACACUGGAAGGAUUUGCCUCCUGAUUCAUAAUGCAAACAAGAAAGAUGCUGGCUGGUACACUGUGUCUGCUGUCAAUGGUGCAGGAGUGGCCACAUGCCAUGCCAGGCUAGAGGUUGCAACACAUACAAACAAGCCAGUUCCAGCCCCAAAGCAGUUACGGGUCCGACCAACUUUUAGCAAGUAUUUGGCACUUAAUGGAAGAGGACUGGAUGUGAAACAAGCUUUCUCACCAGAAGGAGAGUUUCAGAGGUUGGCUGAGCAGUCUGGACUGUAUGAAAGUGAUGAACUUUAACUGGAAGAGGAGAUCUCACACCUGUAAGAGACAAUUACAACAUAGAUGCCGUUAACUGGUGAUUGCCCUAAAUAGCAAAAUACCUAUCUGCAGAUGUUCAAUUUCUCGCACAUUCAGCUCUUCCCAUUUUACCAUGUUAGAUUUUAUUUAUAUGGUUUGGUGACUGUAACCAUUUACUGUGUAUUUCAUUUGAACUAUAAAGCCUAAGAAAGCAGGCUAACUAGUUUGUAUGAGCGUGGGUGGGUUUAGUUCUACCUGUACUUGGUUACAUGCUGAAGUAGGUUGGUUUGUGCUGCUGCUCUAAUAUCACUCUUGAUGGUAUCAGAAGUCUGUGCUGUCUGAAUACUAAAAUCAAAUAGAGUGUUUUUAUGAGAAUAAAUUGGAGGCAAAUAAACCUUU